UUAAUAUUCUUAAAAUGUUUUCUUCUAUUUUUGUUAAUAUAUUUUUCAGUCAAAGGGUUUAGUUGUAUACACCAGUAACUCUCGCGAGACUUUGUUUUAGAACAACAUAGUGACGAAACGGUUGCCACAGUUACAGAGCAUACUAACUUUCUUGCCGAUUUGUGAAUGAAAACAUUUUUCUUCCAAUGCAUUUAAUUUACACAUUUGUGUGAUAGUUAAUGUAAGCAAUCGGGGCUCUCUUACCUUUUUUGCGUUGUAUAAUCAUAGACUGUAUAAGACAUAAGCUGCCUCUUUAAGACUACGUGCUUUUGAGGAGGAGCUAAUUUGGCGCAACCUCCUGGGCGGGAAAUCCCUUCAUUCAAAUAGUAGAGGCGCCAAGAAACUGGUGCAGAAGCCCUGUCAGCUGUAGUUCUGUCUCUUGGUUAGCAAAUAGUCUUUGAUCCGUAGAAUUUAUUUAGUGUAGCACCGGUUUUUAACUCUGAAAACUCUGCCAACAUGCCCGUCCUAGAAGUUACAGAUGCUUCUGCAGUCUCUCCAUCAAAGAAGGCAAGGAUAGAAACACAGCCUGCUGACGAAAGACCUGUCCUCAGAUUUGCUAAACUUUCUGAGCAUGCCACGACACCUACAAGAGGCUCAGCUAAAGCUGCAGGAUAUGACCUCUACAGUGCAUACGAUUACACCAUUGGUCCUAUGGAUAAAGCCAUUGUAAAGACAGACAUCCAGAUAGCAGUUCCUCAUGGCUGCUAUGGGAGAGUGGCACCAAGAUCUGGACUGGCAGCGAAACACUUCAUUGACGUUGGUGCUGGAGUUGUAGAUGAAGACUACAGAGGAAAUGUGGGAGUUGUGCUCUUUAACUUCAACAAGGAGGAAUUUUGUGUGAAAAAGGGUGACCGAGUUGCUCAGCUGGUGUGUGAGAGGAUCUGCUACCCAGAUCUGGUUGAGCAAGAGACACUAGAUGAGACAGAACGUGGAGCUGGAGGCUUCGGAUCAACUGGACGCAACUGAAAUCUCCAAAUAUAAUUGUACUGUGAAAGUGUGUGUUGAAAAUAUAAAGUGCUAAUAAAGUUCUCUUUUUUUGUA